AUGUAUAAUGAGAUAGAAGGAAAUUACGGCGACGUCGCCAUUAGUACGUUCAAAAGGGGCUUGCCGACAGAACAUGGCUUAAGAAAGUCCCUCACUGGGAAGCCGGUCACCAGCAUGCGCCAACUCAUGGACAAAAUUGACAAGUACAAAAGGGUCGAGGAGAACCAGCAGAUGGGGAAGGGUAAAGCGAAGGUUGUCCCUCAGGAGAGGAGGGACUUCAGGUCGGACCGCUUUAAUAACAGUAACAGACAGAAAAGAGACUACGCGGAACAAUCCGGACCUACUGGGAUUCAGUGGCCGAACAGGAUGGCAGGUGACCCCACAAAACGUAAUCAGAAUCUGUACUGCACGUACCACCAGGAGCCAGGUCACACCACUGAUGAUUGUAGGAAUCUGAAAAACCAUUUGGAUCGGCUUGUUCGAGAAAGGAAGUUGAGGCAUCUGUUGCACCGCCCUGAAGGAUGA